AUGGGCUGUGGAAACAACUGUUCUACGUUGUCCCCAACAUUGUUCCAGGUGUGCAUCAACGAUCUGUUGGAAAUCGUAGAGGCAGUCCGGAAGGGAGUAAAAGUAGGGGACACGGAAACGUCGGUUUCAGGAAUGCUGUUUGCGGAUGAUUUUGUCGGUAUGUCGGACACCCCUGAGGGACUGCAACUGCAAAUUGACGCGGCGAAGAAGUUUACUGAUAAGUGGAGAUUGUCUGCCAACGUUAAGAAGAGUGCCGUCAUGGUAUGCAACGAGAACAAGGAGGAACCAGUAGAACAUAGAUGGAAGUGGGGGAUCGAGGAGAUUGCAGUAGUGGACCAGUACACAUACCUUGGAGUAGAGAUCGCAAAAGACUGCUCGUGGAAUGCACACAUGUCCAAAGGAGCGGAAAAGGGCAAGGCACGAGCAGGGAAGCUGCACCCAAUAUCGCAAACCGGCACCUCGAUACACGCAUCAAAUUGA